UUUCUGCAUCUGCAAGGUUGGACACACUGGCGAUGGUUUGGUUUGUAUCCCGAAUGCUGACCCAGUGUAUGAAUCUUGCAGAAGAUCCAACAUGUGCAGCCAACAUGCAACAUGCAUGUAUGAUAUACCCAUGAUGCAAGACAUUUGUGUGUGUAAUCCUGGUUACUUGGGAGAUGGUUACACUUGCAUCAGCAACUCCUCUCACUCAUCUGAGCCUCUUCCUUUGUGUGAAAAUGGCAUAUGCUAUUGCUCAGAGCACCACUUCUAUGAUGCAGAGACCAGGAGGUGUCAUCCAGAAAUCCAUGACCAUGACUUGGGACUUAUAAAUGGAGCAGUGCAGUGCAUUUUGAGGACAGACUGUGCCAUGGAUGCAGACUGUGCAUAUGAUCCCAGUAUUGGAUACCAGGUGUGCAGGUGUAAUCAAGGAUUUGUUGGCAAUGGCGCACAUUGUGAAGAAAUGCAUGAUGUUUCCUGUGAUGAGGUGAACAUUUGCAGCCUGGAUGCAGACUGUUUAUUUCAACCUAGGAGUGAGAAAUAUGCUUGCGUUUGUAAGGAUGGCUUUGUUGGGGAUGGAAAGACAUGUACUAUUUCUGAGUGACGUGGACUGUGACCAAAAUGCAACCUGCAAAUUUGAUAUCAAUACUGUCAGAGAUAGGUGUCAGUGCAACCCAGGAUACCAAGGAGAUGGUCUGAGUUGCAAACCCAUUCCUGAUGUGGGUUGCGAAAUUGUAGACAACUGUGACAGGCAUGCCACUUGCAGGUAUGACAUGGUGACCAAGAAAUACAGAUGCAUCUGCAAUGAAGGCUACUCUGGUGAUGGGGCAUCCUGCAAGCUGGACAUGUUACCCUGUGUUGUGGACUCUGACUGUGGACCCAAUGCUGAGUGUGUGAAUCCAUACCCUGAUGAAAGGGUUUCAAGGGAGAUGGGUAUGACUGCCAGGCAGCCCAGUCCUGCUAUGUUAACCCAGCCAUGUGCCAUAGACAUGCUGUUUGUGUUCCUGGACCUGGAGGACUCACACAUAGCUGCUGGUGCAAUCAAGGUUAUGAAGGGGAUGGCUUUGAAUGUGCAGGUGUGUUACAUCAGCAAGACUGUGAGACCAAAGGGAGAGGCCAUGUUUGUUGCUCAAGGGAUGUCAGUACUGAAAGUACCACUGGAACCAACCAUCAGUGAUUCAGGAGCACCCAUAUUGUUGGAUCCAUUACAAACUGCAGUUGGCAUUGAUGCUGACUGUGUGCGCGGAAAGAUAUACUAUGGGGACAUUUCUGGUGGCUCCAUCUGGAAGAUAUAUUGGUCUGACUGGAACCGCGAGAAUCCAAAGAUUGAAGAGGCGGAUCAAGAUGGUGGACGCAGGAGGACUCUGAUUCGUGCCCAGGUCGCAUUGCCCAGUGCCUUGGCCGUUGAUUUGUCCACCGAUGAACUCUGCUGGGCGGACGCUGGAAAGGCACACAUUGCGUGUCUCUCGCUGCAAGAUGGCGCCUCGCAGAGGAUCAUCACAGCUGCUGCUCGGCCCUUCGGCCUGUCCAUCACCGCUGGAAAGUACUUUUGGACUGACUGGGACACCAAGACCAUCAUGACAGCCAGCAAGAGGGAUCCCAGCAGUGUGAAAGCCCUGAAUGUGCCAUUUGCGAAAACAGCCAGGCUCUAUGGGGUGGCUGCUGUGCCAGCUGUUUGUCCCUCAGAUGCACCGCAAAUCGGAAGAACAUUUGCAAAGAGGCAUACUUCUUCCGGAACGAGCGACAUCUCGGUUAUCACCGCUACAACUGCAGACGGCGACGAUGUUGAUGACGAUGAACAGGGGUCAGCUUGGCUGUUCGACCCUGACGCCGAUGCUGACGAUUGUAGCUGCGUUUCGAAUAGAAUUCACGCUUCUCUCAUUUCAAAAAGUUGCCCACCAGCUAAAAACUUUCAUUGCAAAUCCGAACAGCCAGAUGGAAGAGUUACUGAUCUUGACAAGUGUCGAGUUCCUGGACCUUCUUCUGAGGAGGAAGAAGAACCCCCCUGUGAAGAAGAAUGUCAUGCCUCUGAGAAAGAACCCGUGGAACCUCCUCCUCCAUGUACUCCCAGAUCUGCAACUGAGGAGUGUUUUGCGAAACUGCCUUGCGACGAAGAAAUCGACGAUUUCCUCGAGAUGCUCGUGCAUCAAUAUUUGUCAUUGUAA